AUGCUGCCAGUUUUGCCUAAAUCGCUGAAUACACAUCACAACCAAUUAGCGGAUAUUACCACAAACAGUCAAAACUCUCCGAGACAAAGUCCUACACAAAGUGUAAAUAAACGCAGCCCCAGCAUGAUAUUUCGCAUAGAACACUUGUUACCGAAUACCUCGUCUGCAUCCACAUCACCUCCCGCCACAAUUGCUACCAGUGACAGAACUAUGGAUCCUACGGAUUUAUCACCACCUAAAAAAUCCAAAAUCAUAAGAGCUGGAGUACAUGUUAGUCAGUUAACACCAAGAGAUACCAUAUCAGAAGCACUUGAUGCACAAACUUUAAUCAAUGGUGCCACAACUGUCGAAACAACGGCACGUGCUUAUUGUUCUUUAAUAAAGGAAACCAAUACUUUAAGUAUGACACCCAGUAUAAUGAGAAAAAUAAAACUUUCCGAGGAUACCCACAGCAAUAAUGCAUUAUUUGAAGUCAGCAAAGGACAGGUGGUUUUGCGCGUUGUGCGUGACAUACAAAGAGAUGACGAAAUUGUGGCUUGGUUUGGUGAAGAAGUCACUCUUCUAAUGUCUAUACCCUUCUUAACACCUCUUAAUAUACAGGGUAAUAAUCGCUACACGUGUCACUUGUGUCAUUUGACAUUUGAAACACCGAAUCCUUUAAAAAUCCAUUUAGCUUUAGGUUGUGGUCGCCAUAAUAUAGACAUUCUAUGGAUACGCUUAUUUUAUGCUCUCAAAGCUACACAUUACACUCAACAUAUGUUACCUCUGCCAUUGCCAGUACCGGGAAAUGCCACGUCAUCUAGGCUUUCGCCUGUGUUGCCUACCUCAUCGGCUACAUCUUCUUCAAUAUCACCCUCACAUUCGCCUCAACCACAACCUUCCAUAUCCAGGUUUUCUGCCUUUAAGCCUAUCUGCUCAUCCGCCUCAAUUCAUCACCCGCAUCUAGCCACAUCAAUGUCAACGGUAAUGGCCUCCAACCUUGGUGUUCCCCAACAUCAUACUACCUCGGCUCCCCUCUCUUUCCUACCAUCCAUCUCCUCAGCAGCCUUGCCCCAUAUGAGUCUUCUACAGCCGUCCUCUUCAAAUCCUCUCAAUGCAGCUGCUCAAAUCGAAGCUAUAGUCAGUAAUAUGGGUGCUUCGAAACAAGGUCAUCUCUGCAUCUAUUGCGGCAAAGUCUAUUCCCGCAAGUAUGGUCUCAAAAUACACAUACGUACACACACCGGCUUUAAACCCUUAAAAUGCAAGUUCUGCCUGAGACCUUUUGGCGAUCCCAGUAAUUUGAAUAAACAUGUACGUUUGCAUUUGCAAAACAGUGCGAAUAAUUCAUCGUCGGAAGGUUAUCAGUGCAAUUUGUGUCCCAAAACUUUGGGUAGACGCAGGGAUCUGCAGAAGCAUAUGGAAACUCGCCAUGGCUAUGCGAGUACAAGUAGUGAUGCAGCAGAAAAAGUUGAGACAACAAAUUCUAACUAA